AUGACCCAAGGUGCAAGCAACGGCCACCCAAACGGGUCGGCGCUGCCCCAUGUCCGAACACUUCCCCUUUUCUACGACAGCGAAGACUCUCAGCAAUCUGCGACUAGUCUAAUCCUGACUGUUCGACCAGACUGGGCCUCCGACGACUCCAACAUCGAAUUCGUUCGCUUCACCGACGGCAUCACCAAUACCCUACUCAAAGCCAUCAACAAGCGAAAGGGCUGGUCCAAGGAGGAUAUAGACAGAGAGGCCAUCUUGUUGCGCGCGUAUGGAAAUGGAACCGCUGUCCUCAUCGACCGCGAGCGCGAAGCUCAGAACCAUGAACUUCUCAUGAAGCACGGCCUUGCCCCCGAAUUGCUCGCCCGAUUCCAGAAUGGCAUGCUCUACCGAUUUAUCAAGGGCAGCGUCACAGCCCCGGAGGACCUGAGGAAGCCACACAUCUAUCGAGCCGUCGCCAGCAGGUUAGCGCAGUGGCACGCGACUGUGCCCUGCAUUACACACCAGACAUCUACCAAUGGCAACGCCAAGGGCCACGAUCAGGACCUGAAUGCCAUCAUCGAGAACGCUGCACCUGGGAAGCCUGUGCCGAACCUAUGGUCAGUGAUGCAAAAAUGGAUUUUGGCCCUGCCCAGCGAUACACAGGUCCAGAGGGAGAGACAAGACAAGCUGCAGAAGGAGUUUGAAUACAUUGUGGAGGAGUUCAGCCAACGCCCCGGUCUAGGUGUUGAUGGCCUAGUUUUUGCCCAUUGCGAUUUGCUGAGCGGCAACGUGAUCGUGUUACCGAGUACCCAACCCGCCAAAGGCCCCAAGAAGGAGGCUACAGUGACGUUCAUCGACUACGAGUAUGCCACGCCGUCACCAGCCGCGUUCGAUAUCGCCAACCACUUGGCCGAGUGGGGUGGAUUCGACUGCGACUACAACUUCAUGCCUACCCAGUCCCAGCGUCGAGAGUUCAUUGAGGAGUACAUUCGCUCGUUCUACAAAUACUCCGAGAACAACACAAAUGUUGAUGUCGAGGCGGAGGUCCGAAAGCUCACACACGAGGUGGACCUAUUCCGUGGCGUGCCGGGGUUCUAUUGGGGCAUCUGGGCUUUGAUCCAAGCCGUCAUCUCGGAGAUCGACUUUGAUUACGCCUCGUAUGCGGAAACGCGCCUCGCCGAGUACUGGGCGUGGAAGGAAGAGAAAGAGGGUACCAGAGCCGCGGCCGGCAAAGAGAAGCCCCUGCGUGAGAGACGCUGGGAGCAACUGGAGUGA